AAAUGUGUGUGUGUGUGUGUGUGCAUAUUCAGAAAAAAUAUAUAUAUGUCUCAUGUUUGCAUUUAUAUUAUCAACCAGAUGUGUGUAUAUUUAUGAUCACUAUCAUUCCUGAUGUCGGUAUUUGAUUAUCGAUAUCAUUCAACUCCACUUCAUCAUCAUCAUCAUCAUUAUCAUUACUUUCAUUCUCAUUCGAUGUUUGAUUCGCCAUCCAGCUAAUCCAUCUGGAUAUCAUUUUUUGUUUGUCGAAUUCUGUGAAUAAGUGCGAAGAUUUUUGUAUGAGUUUGAAUUUCUUUUGAUUCAAUCGAUCAAUACUUUUAAAGUGUUUGUAAUUUUCAUUUGAAAUCAAAAUGGAUGAUGAAAAAAUGGCUGAAAAAGAACGUAAAAGACGUGAAAUUCGUGAACGUCUUGAAGCUCAGCUGAAAAGUUCACAAAAGAAAAAAGGUUUCAUGACACCUGAACGUAAAAAACGACUUCGUCAAUUACUUCGUCGUAAAGCAGCCGAUGAAGUAAAACGACAACAGGAACAAAAAGAAAAAGAACGACAAAGAGUAAUCGGUGAACGAACGGGCGAAUCAAAAUCAUUACCAGAUGAUGUUGAUCAAUUGCAAGAGAUUUGCAAACAAUAUCAUAACAGAAUUUACAAACUAAACGAAGAUAAAUGGGAUCUAGAAUUGAUUACUUGUCUCAAAGAAUAUGAGAUUGCCGAUCUUCAAUCACGUGUUAACGAUAUGAGAGGCAAAUUCAUUAUACCACCAUUGAAAAAAGUAUCCAAAUAUCAAACACAAUUGGAAAAAAUGCGUCAAUGGACAUAUAAAUUGGCCAAAAUGGAUAUGCGUGGUGCAUUGAAAUCGGUGAAAAAAGAAAUUGAAUUGGAUGAUAAACAUAAAAAAACAGAAACAAAACCAGUAUGGGCUGCUGAAACUAAAGCGGUUAAACAAACGGUUGAAACAACCGAAAUCGAUGCAGGUGAAAUUGAUGCAGGCGAAAUCGAUGAUUAUGAUGAUGAUGAAGAGUGAACAAUAACGUGAAUGAACAAACUAUUCAAUUAUUCACGUACAUUAUUAUCAUAUUUAUUUAUUUAUCUUUAUUCUUUAGCAAAUAUAAUAAUGAAAUAUCGAAAAAAUGAUUCAAAAAAAAAGAAUCGAAUUUGUUUCUGUUCUCUGUUUCUGUUAUUCUGCCUGCCCGAAAAACCGAAAAUAACAAUUAAUUGAAAAUUAAAAAGCAUUUGUCAUUGGUUC